AAGAGGUGUGGUUCAGGUUGCAGGGUACUGGCUUCCUAUCGGUGAGGAGAACCCUGUUGGUGAUGAGAAAUAUAUUCUUACUCCAAGUGUGAAGAGAAAUCUUCAUAAUCUGUCUAGGGUGGUAUCAGCAAGAAAGUACCCAGUGCUGUUGCAGGGCCCAACAUCAGCUGGGAAGACAGAGCAGUCUUGUGAAGUACUUGGCAAAAGCCACAGGGCACCACUGCUUACGUAUCAACAACCACGAGCACACUGACCUCCAGGAAUACAUUGGGAUGUACUGUGCAGAUGAGAACGGAGAACUUGUGUUUCAAGAAGGUGUUCUUGUGGAGGCCAUGAGGAAGGGGUAUUGGAUCAUUCUUGAUGAACUCAACCUUGCUCCCACCGAUGUCUUGGAGGCACUCAACAGAGUUCUUGAUGAUAAUCGCGAGUUGUUUAUUCCUGAGACAAGGAAGUCGGUAAAGGCACACCCUCAUUUCAUGUUGUUUGGCACUCAGAAUCCUCCUGGAGCAUAUGGUGGGAGAAAGGUUCUCUCCAGAGCGUUUAGGAACAGGUUUAUUGAGCUGCACUAUGAUGACAUUCCCUCUGGUGAGCUGGUGAACAUAGUACACGAGAAGUCUUCCCUGCCGUUAUCAUACGCAAAGAAGAUGGUAGCCAUCAUGAAAGAGUUGCAGGUGAGACGAACAGCAUCAGGUGUAUUUUCUGGCAAGUAUGGACUCAUCACACUGAGAGAUCUAUUCCGUUGGGCCGAGCGCUAUCGUCGCUCACCAUCUUCCUCUUCUCAGUUCAGAGAUUGGGAACAGCAACUUGCAGAAGAUGGUUUCAUGUUGCUAGCUGGUCGUCUAAGAGAAGUUAAUGAUGAGCAGGUAGUGCUGGAUGUUAUCGAGCGACAUUUCAAACGAAACGUUGAGCCAAUCCAGUUGUAUGGGCAAGAUGGUGGGCAGGGGAGUCUGGCUUCUCAGAAGUGCCUGCAGUUGCUCCGCGCUCCUUUAACGGAGGAGUUCAGGCACUUGGUGUGGACAUCAGAGUUUCUCAGAAUGGCUGUGUUGACUUUUAGAGCCCUCAGCUUUGAUGAGCCGGUGCUCUUAGUUGGACAUACUGGUUGUGGGAAAACUACGCUGUGUCAGCUGUUCUCAACUAUUCUUGGUUGUAAACUUGUCUCCAUCAAUUGCCACAUGCACAGUGAGGCUGCAGAUUUCCUAGGAGGGCUGAAACCUACCAGAAGCAGAGGAUCUUCCGAAUUGAGAGAUGAGAAGGUUGGGCUCUUUGAGUGGCAAGAUGGAGUGGUCGUGAAGGCCAUGCAAGAAGGUUGCUGUCUGUUGGUUGAUGAGAUCUCUCUUGCUGAUGAUGCAGUGCUGGAGAGACUCAACUCUGUUCUUGAGACUGAGCGCCGACUGCUAGUUAGCGAGAGAAGCCGUAUCCAGGACCAGGCUGAAGUGUUCCAGAUAACAGCCUCUCCUGGCUUUGCCUUUAUGGCCACUAUGAACCCUGGUGGGGACUACGGCAAAAAAGAGCUUUCUCCUGCUCUGAGAAAUCGGUUUGUGGAGCUGUGGUGCCCAAGUUCUAGAAAAUAUGAGGACUUAGCUAAAAUCAUUGACCACAAUCUUAAUGUUUCUCUAAACUCAGGUUUUGUAUGGAGCAGCCUCAUACUGCACACAAUUCAUUGGAUAAAAGGAAAGCUUCCUUUUGACAGCAUCCACGUCAGUGUACGAGAUCUCUUGACAUGGGUCCGCUUUAUGAAUGCCACCAGUCCACCCCUACCCCCGGCUGAGGCCUUCUACCAUGGGGCACACCUUGUGCUCCUCGACAGCCUGGGCUGCAGAGAGCAGUUAAGUGUCACUGUAAGGGAACAUCUCCUGCAGGAAGCUCAAAUGUUUCUACAAGAGCUGCUCGUUAAAAAUGGGCAUCAAAUGAGUCUUCAGUCCUCUCCUGCUUCCAUUUCCUGCCAUGAGGAUAUGUUUGGGAUACAUCCUUUCUUCAUCAAGAAAGGUCCAUAUGAAUGUAAGGGUCUUCAGUAUUACUCUCUGGAUGCACCUGGACCCUGUGGAAAUGCCUACCGGUUACUGAGGGGGAUGCAAGUUGGUAAACCACUACUCAUUGAAGGUCCUCCAGGAGUUGGCAAAACAAGUCUGGUUGCUGCACUAGCCAGUUAUAGUGGCCAUCACAUGACGCGGAUCAACCUCUCUGAACAUACUGACAUCAGUGACUUGUUUGGAUGUGACCUUCCGGUAGAAGGAGGGAAAGGUGUCAGGUUUCAAUGGAGAGAUGGUCCUCUCCUCAGGGCCCUCAAGACAGGAGACUGGGUAUUGUUGGAUGAGAUAAACCUUGCAUCCCAGUCGGUGUUGGAGGGUUUGAAUGCUGUCCUGGACCACAGAGGAGAAGUGUUUGUUCCAGAGUUGGGAAUAACAUUUUCUGUUCAACCAAACACCAAGCUGUUUGCCUGUCAAAAUCCCAUGUCACAAGGUGGAGGAAGGAAAGGUCUACCAAAGUCAUUUCUCAAUAGAUUCACAAUAGUGUUUGUUGAUGUGCUGUCAGAGUCAGACUAUCAGUUUAUCUCUCAUUCCUUGUAUCCUGAUAUCGAUUUGAGUGUGCUACAAAAUAUGAUCACUUUCAAUUCCAAGGUCGAGGCACUGGUGAAGAGGGAGUGUGGCACUAGCAUUUGGGAGUUCAAUCUCAGAGACAUCUUGCGGUGGUGUCAGGUUCUGAAGGAUCAUCAGAUAGCUGAUCCAUGUCAGUUGGUUGAGAUCAUAUACUGUCGUAGGCUCAGGUCUGCCUCCUUGAGAGCUCAGGUUGUCGAGGUUUGUGGGGAAGUGUUUUGUGACAGUAGUCCUCUUCCUACCGCCCUUGGUGGUAGUUUUGUUGUGACUGAGAAAUAUUUGCAGGUUGGGCAUGCUGUGUUGGCUCGAAGGCCAUAUGAUUGUCAGAAGAAGAUUGAAGGAGUCCCACUGCAGGCACUGCACUGUCAACUUCCCAUACUGGAGGCAGUGAUGAUGUGUGUCGAGAGAGGAUGGAUGACAAUUCUUGUUGGUGGUAGAGCCAGUGGGAAGACUAGUGUUGUACGUACACUUGCCCAGCUGGUUGGACAGAAGCUGGUUGAGUUUCCAAUGAACAGUGACACUGACACUACAGAACUUCUCGGAGGGUUUCAACAGGUAAACUUUGGACGUCAUUUUUACAACAUUGUUAAAAUGGUGGAGGAUGUACUCGUGGAACUUCUGGCAACAAUCCGUCACCACCAGAAUGGCAAGGAAUACACCGCGAAACUAGGAGCCAUGAAAAAUUCCUCUCUACCCAAAGUGUCAGGGGUGCUCCAAGAGGUUUCUAACAUUGAACUUCUGGGUGGCUGUGAGAAGUUGAAGCAGUGUUUGCUAGUGAUGGAGGAGGUUUCAAGUCAUCUGCCCACAAACCUCAGCUAUGAUUUUGGUGAGAUAUUGUCCCAGGUGGUCUGGCUGAAGGAUCGUAUUCAACAGGGAGACUCUGGAGGCCAGUUUGAGUGGGUGGACAGUGUUCUAGUUACAUCUCUUCGCCAUGGUCACUGGCUCUCUAUCACAAACUGUAAUGUCUGCAAUCCGUCGGUUCUGGACCGGCUAAAUGCAGUGGUGGAGCCCGGAGGAGUACUGUCAGUAGAUGAGAGAGGUGUUGUGGGAGAGGAAGGGGUGAUGACUGUCAAGCCUCACCCAAAUUUUAGGUUGUUUCUUCUGAUGGAUCCUGCUCAUGGAGAGAUCUCUCGCGCUAUGAGGAACAGAGGAAUUGAAGUCUGCAUUCUGCCCGAGGAAACUCUUGGUUCAGUUAACAGGAACAAGGAGGACUGGAGGUCUUUGUUAUUGUCAGCUGGUGUAGACAGUAAUACAGCCAAACAUGUUUUGACCUCUGUUGCAGAAGAAAGUGUGAGCCCCGUGAGGCUGUUGCAGGGUGUGUAUUGUAGCAGUAUGGUGUCCCAAAGACCUGUGAAAUCAAAUUGGAAGCAUUUGGAGGUUCCACAACUACCAGUGGUUUGUGAGUCUUCUGGGAGUGCCUCAGACCUGCCCUCUCAAGUUUCAGCUAUUUGCCAACACCCUGAUGCAGUGACAGUGCAGAGCCACUUCUCUGUCAUCCUCAAAGUCAUCAGAAGCCACAGCUCUAAUGAGCAUGGGAGAAAUUACAAAAUAAUGGAUGUUGAUGCUGCCUUACAAGUGUUUACAAGUCAUGCAAGUGUUUCUGACUAUCACAUGAGGAAGGGACUAAUGACAACCCUUGUUUCCUUGUGUGCUUCUGAUUAUCACGUUGCUGGUGUGGUCAAUUCCUGGUGCACAUCCCUUCAAGAAUAUGCCAAUAAGAAAGCCCAUGUGGCAAUUGAAAGAGGAGAUUUCACUUACAAUGUUCCUAACCUGCUCUCCAUUUCCAACCCUAUGGUAACUUCCCUGGCCAGUAUGAAGUUAAAGUCUCUCACUCUCGAAGAGAAAAUGUUAGUGUUGGGUACUAGAGUAACUAGUUUGAAGGAGCUGUUACAGUGGCAUAGUAGAAUUGGUACUUCGACCCUGAGUGUAUCGUACCAAGCCUACACAGGUCAGCUACAGCUGGAGACCAUGAUUCACCCAUCUGUUCAGCUCAUCCAACCUUUCCUCUCAGUUUUCAUUAACCACCUCUCUUCUACAUUAGUGUCAUCUGAUAGAGAUAGUAACAUGGAAGUUGUUGAGUGGCUAGCAGUGAUUAUUCACAGUUUUUCCCGUCCUGUACAUUCUCUAACUCAACUUGCUGGUCUCUGGACUGUUUUCAAGACUCGGUGUAUCUCUCCUUCCUCUGCUGCUAGAAAAAGUGAACUUGUGUCACUAAUGUCCAGUCUACAGCCACUGGAGAAAGUGGUACAUAACUGUUGCUUCUUUGCUGAAGUGCGGGACAGUUUUUGUCAGUCUGUAAAUUCAAUGAAGCAUUGUAAUCCUCUCUCUUCUGAAAAAGAGAAAAUUGGAAGCAUUUCAUGUUUCAAAGAACUGUCAUCAGAAGACUCCAUUUGCACAGUUGGUACCUACCAACACAAGGUGGACCAGAUGAAAAUCCUUCUCUCUACACUUUGGUUGAAUGGAUGUUCUGUCUCUAACACUCCAUUGGUCGAUCUGCAACAGAAGCUAAUGUUAGCCAACAGUUUGUUGAGGAGUACAGUGGCAGCACUCGGCAGAGCUCUGAAGUUUCCUGACCUCACUGCGUGGUUAACUGGUGAACAGCUCCCAUCAGAGAGUCUAUCUGAACUGUGCUGUGAAGCUCAGAGAGUUUGUCCAGAUCAUAGCGGUCCUCAAUUUUGGCAGAGACUAUGCCAUGAGAUUAGUGCAGCUUUCAACGAAUUGGCUUUUGUGAAAGAGAGCUUGGAGAUGGCGUUUGGUGAUAUUGGAGGCAAUCGAGACCUGCAUGGAGAACUUACUCUUUUGUGUGGCCUCAGCACGGGCUGUGUUCAUGUUGGAACAGUCGUUACAAACAUGUUACUACCAACAGCCAUAGAUCCAGUUUCCCUGAAGGAAGUUGAUUACAAGUGUUAUCAGAUGUUGGCUGCUCAGCAGUCAGCUAUUAUGAAGGCAUGCGACGCACACUACCUUACUACCACUGGCAAAACACUCGGAGAUCUAAUGCAGGCCAGAUCUCCAAUUGACACAGUGAUGCCCGGAAGAAGAGGAGGCAUUUCUCCAUAUGUUUCGUAUGUGGUAGAACGAAAAGAAUUUUGUGAGAAAUUGUUCCAAAGCCAGAAACCCCCUGUCUUAUCUUCAAGUGCAAGAGAAAAGUAUUCUCAGAUGGUGUCUGUGUGUACUGAUGUAGUCAACACUUUCUGUUCAUCUGAGCGAGUUGCUAGUCUCCUCCAAGGUGCAAGUGUUGCUACUCAAGAUUCUUUCAGCAGAGUGGAAACCUGGUCACGAGCUCUGAGGGCUGCAGUUGACAAGUUACAUUCUGAGUUCCCUUCACUUGAAGAUGUUGCGAAACCAUUUACAACAGGCUUACUCCAGACAGUGGCUGGUGUCACCUCUCUAAUGUCGUUUCGAUUGGCAAUUCUUUCUCCACAAUUUAAACUUUUGUCUGUGUUGAGGGACUCUUCACAAUUCCCGUUUGCCACAACUGAGAACGGAAGUGGUUCAGCAGCAUUCAUACUGCAACUGCUAGAUUCGUUGACAGUUAUCACUGAAGACAUUUCAGCAUUGAAAGAAUCAGAAAGACAGCAGUUUCAUAAAAGAAUGCUGUUAAUAGGAGUGAAGUUUUCAAAAUGCUUUAUCUCCAAUACCACCUCUUGUACCACACUCUCAAGAAGGUGGUACUCACUAUGUUCAACUCUGCUGAAAUAUUGCUGGCUCCUGUGGAACAGAGCAGAACAGGCAAAUAGGGCCAAGAUGGAGCAAGAGAGCUCUCUUUAUCGCUACAGGACAAAGACACACAAUAUUAGCCUACUUGGGGAGGGAGAGGUUGACGAUGAAGUGGUGAGGCAGAUUUUUCCAAUCUACGAUGAACACUUCGAGAGAUUAAGUGGGAAAGAGGACAGCAGUAACGAUGAUGCUCAUAUGGAAGCAGACGAAGGUGUCCAAGAAGUUUGCCAGUUCACUUAUUUAGAGAUGAGAGAGGUUUUCGACCUUCAUCAGCAACUGUUUACACCACAGUCACAAUCACAGCAUCAUCCAUACCAACUCUUUGAGACCAUGAGAGCUCGGUAUUCCUUUGCCGCUGCUCUUGCCCACAAGUUUGAUAAUCUCCCAGGAUUGACCACCGACUACUGUCUCUUUGGUGCUCAUGCACGAAUGUGUAAGGAUAUGCUCACUGAGCUCACUCGAGAACUUCCACUCAAGCAGAGGAACAUCUAUAAGGAGUCAGUAGUGAGUGAAGCUGUGAAGGUUGGGCCUGUGGUUAAUGGACUUAAAGAAAGAGUGGAGGAACUGCUUAUGGAGUGGCCAAAUCAUCCUGGCCUUGUUCAGGUUCAGGUCUCAUGUGGAAAGGUGUUGUCACUGAGUGUGCAGGAACCUCUGAUGAAGAUUCUGGCUGGUCUUGAAUACAUUCUCCGAAAAUCGCAGGACUGGGAGGCAUAUGCUGCAUCUCAUGUCUCUCUGCGCCAACAAUUGGAUCAACUUACCCAGCUAAUACUGGACUGGAGGAGGCUGGAGCUAAGGUCAUGGCGGUCUCUUUUUGAAGAGUGUUCAUCUGGUGUGCAAUGUGAAGGGUCAAAGUGGUGGUUUCACAUUUAUUCACUCUGCCAAGAGUCUACCAGUAAUCGCCAAGGUAACAACAAAGAACUUUUAGAAUCAGUACAUGAGUUUGUUGAAGUUGCAUCACUGGGUGAAUUCACAAUAAGACUAAAGCUACUGCGUGCUUUUGCUACAGAUAUGUUUCUUCAAGGUCAUCCUACCCUGGGGAAUCUCCUGGCCAAUACUGUGAACUAUUACCAGCAGUUUGCUCCAUUAGUUACCUCUCACUCCAGCAAGAUUACUGCAGUUAUCGACAAAGAAUUCAAUGAUCUUGUAAGAAUUAUGCGUUGGAAUGAUGGAAAUUACUGGGCACUGAAAGCUUCCACGGAAAAGAGCCAUAGGACCCUGGUGAAGUUCAUGAGGAAGCUAAAGGGUGCUCUAUCAGAACCAGUGCAUCCAUUACUAACAGCUGGAGCCCUCCAAACAAAUGACUCUGAUGAGGAGAGUAGUGUGGAUAAUGAGCAGUUGAAAAUACCCCACACAGUGGAUUUAGAAUCCACGGACUUAAACCUAACAGAUACGCAACAGCAGUUACUCCACUCUGUAACGUUGGGGACGUUUGCGGGGUCAGAUCCACAUAGUCUGACAGCUGCUAUGGCGAUCCGCCGCAUGAAGGAAAUGGUGUGUGAAUAUUCCUCAUCAGCUAUCUACCAGCAGUGGAAUACUACUGUUAAUGACUUUUCUGGAGAGAUCAUUGAAACGGUGAAGCAGCUGCAGUCACUCGAUUUCUUGGACAAGCUUGAGGGUGAUAAGAGAAAAAGUGCUAUUAAACUUAACUUGAACCAAAAAAGAAAAGCAAUCGUGGAACUCUUCAAGUAUCUAAAGAAGCAAGGUCUUUCUCGCCACGGUGAACUCAACUUCACCAUAGAACUGAAGUGUGAGAUAUUUCAACUCCCAGUGAUUGAAGAGCAAGUUGCUGUGGAGAUACCUGAUCAGUGGACUGAAAGUAUCCAGAAAUAUUUCUAUCACUCCAUUGGGAGACUGGCUAGCCUUCAGUCAGCAUUUGUCACUCCAACAAAAGAUCUAUCACCUACCCAGCUGAAAUGUUGUAAAGGGUAUGCCAGUCAUUUGGUGCAGCUUAUCUGCAGUCAACGGAAAACUUUAUCAUCAGCAUGUAGUUCCAUUGGAAUACUGCAACAUCGUCUCCAACAAUUAAAGUUUUUGGUCGGAGGGGAACUAUACACAUUGCAAGUCGCUGAAUACAUGCACUGGCAGAGCACAGCGCUAGCAAUGGUUGAGGUGUCUCUAGAACUUGUCCAUGACUUCAAAAAUGUCGUAGAGACUCUUCCUGAGAAUGUUGACACCAGUACUACUGCAGAGGCUCCACCCAUUCUUUCAUGUGGUGACAGAAGCAUUGCCAAUAGAGCGAUUACCAUGCUGCAGGAUAAAGUCCCAGACCUGCAGAUCCUCUUUGAUCAGCUCAUGCUCAAAGAAAAGACACGCGGUGAUGAAAGUGUCUUCUUUGUUACAAGGAAAGAUGUACAAGAGGUAGCAGGAGUCUGUUCACAGGUAGAGUCAUUCUGCAAUCAAAUUUUAGAUGUCCUUCAUCUUGUACUAGGCAGAGAAAACCACAGAGUGGCAAUGUUUGAGUUUCUAGAAAUUGCACGGUCAUAUCUCAUCACCACCUGUCAGCAGUGCAGAGAGUGGAUUGCUUCUGCAGCCAGUACUAACUCUGGUUUUAGUCCCAGACAAAAAUGCUGUGAAACGCAAGAGUUUCUGGUGAGCAAUGAGCAGAAGAGUGGAUGCAACAGGAAGACUCGAGCCAUAGACUCUGUUAGCGUGCUGCAGAACAUGGUGCUGGCUGUACAGAGAGUCAUGCAGAGGCACAGAAAGCUUGCUAUGCACAUGCAACAAAAUUCAGAGGAAUUGCUGGAGAUUCCAUGCUGCCUGUACCUACAUACAACAUCUACUGAGGGCAUCAAUGACAUGAAUCCAGAAGCGGUAGUAGGAGGUGUAACAUCACUACUUACAACUACCGUGGCUGAUGUGUGUGAGGGGUCUAUGAAAAAGCUGGUACCUGUUGUUUCUCUUCUGGACCAGUAUAUAUCUCUGCUGAGGGAGUUGGUGCUUCGCCUUGCACUGGCUCAUCGUACAUUCUGCAAGCUAUCAUCAAUUCUGCUGGCCUUGUUCACCGACCUUGUGUCUAAGGGUGUGUGUGCCCCUCCUGAGGCAGAGGAGGUAGAAGGAGAAGGAGGCACAGACUUUGAGGCAGCUGAGGGAGGAGGGUUCGAUGAUGGACUGGGAGCAAAGAAUGUCAGCAAUGAAGUAGAUGCCGAGAAUUUAGAGGACCCAACAAAGAAAUCAGGAGAAGAGGAGGAGACCCUAGACCAGAAAGGGCCUGAUGCGGGAAGAGAGAAUGGUGAAGAGGAUGCGGUGGACAUGACUCAGGACUUUGGAGGAGAUGUCGCCGAUCUACCUGAAGAAGAUGAAGAAAGUGAAGGGCAAGAUUGGGAGGAUUUGGAUAAAGAGAUGGGAGAGCUCGGGGGGGAUAAUCCUGAGCAGAUUGACAGGAACAUGUGGGUGCCUGAGGAAGAGCAAGAUGAAACGGAGCCACAGCAGUCUGAGGAGCAACAAGAAGGAAGUGCAGAGUCAGAUGAGGCCAAAAUUGUGGCACAGGAAGGACAACCGAAACCAUGUAGGUCUGAGCGUGGCCAAGAACCACGGCCAGCGGGAGAAGAUAAUGAAAAUGAUAAGGAUGAGGAUACUCUGGUUGCACAAGGGAGUGAUCAGAAUAUGUUGGAGGAACAUAAUCAAGAGAUUGAGGAUGGUGACCCUGGUUUUGAUCUGGAUAAUAUGGACCAGGAUGAAAUGGAGCGAGAAGAGAAAAUGUCAUCUGGAGAGGAACAGGUAGAUAAUAUAGAAGAUAGCGUGGACGAUAUAGAGGAGGAUGGUUCACAAUACUCCCAAGAAAAUGAACCCAAUACAAUGGAGGAGCUGAACAAUGAGCCACAGACAUCUGAAGUAGCUGCUACACAGUCAUUAGAGUCUAAAGGGCAAACUGGAGCAGAAACCGUGACGUCUGAUGAAAAUUUGCCUCCUAACUCCAGUCAACAGGAACAGCAGGAGUCCACAGAGGUUGGCAACAACAAAAGCAAGGAAGACAAAUCAUACGAGGAUAAAGCUGCGAAUGGAGCAUCCACUUCUCUUGUGACAAGUUCUACCAGUCAGCAAGAGCCUAAGGGGCAGAAACUGCGCAGUAGACUCCACCACCGACCUCUGGAAGACUACAGUCUUGCUGGACAAGAAGAGAGGCUUGCUAAGAGACCACGACUGGUGCUCGAGAGGACUGAGGGGAAACAUACACCACACGAAAGAAUGGAAUCUGAUACGGUGCAGCAUCUGAGGGAUGAGGGCGCUAUGGAGCAUGAUGCAGUAGUGUGGGAUGCAGCUCCUCUGAUGCAGCCUCCUGGAACCAUCCCUCCUACUGACCUGGGUGAUCCCACUGACCAAAAUGAUGAUUCCCAGGCUGACAAUACAGAGCAAACAAGACAGCCCCAAUUUUCAGACAACACAGUAGACACAGGACUGUUAUGUCCACCUCAAGAUCCUGACACUGUUGUACAAGAAGAACAAAUGGAGACAGAAGUCGAGAAAGAGGAGUCCUCCUUGUCUCACGCUCAAGCUACAAUGCCUGAACCACACUCCUUUUUUGUCAAUACCAGUCUACUGCCAGGCCAGCAGGGGAGAGUGCUGGACGAGCAUAACCUGAGGGAAGGUCUAAUGGAAGAUAUCAAAGUUCUCCACGCCAAGUCGAAGGAUGUGGAUGCGGAAAAGAUGUGGCAAAGGUAUGAGUUGUUAAUGUCAGGCUUGGCCCAGUCUCUGUGUGAGGAGUUGAGACUAGCCCUCACGCCAACACAGGCUUCUCAGCUCAAAGGAGACUAUAGGACAGGGAAGCGACUAAACAUGCGUCGCAUAAUCCCCUACAUUGCAUCGUACUUUCAAAAUGAUCAAAUCUGGCUACGACGGACCAAGCCCAGCAAACGAGACUACCAGGUUCUGGUGGCAGUGGAUGACUCAGCCAGCAUGAACGAAAAUGAGUGCAAUCAGAUGGCAUAUGAGAGUCUGGCUAUGAUCAGCUCUGCUCUCUACCGACUGGAAUGUGGACAAAUUGGAAUACUGAGGUUUGGAGAGAGUGCAGAGUUGCUACAUGGAUUUGAUGAGCCUUUUACUGUUGGUACUGGAGCACAUGUUUUGCAGCAACUGUCUUUCUCACAGUCUAGGACCAAUUUUGCUGAGAUGCUCCAGGUGUCCAACACACUGUUCACUCAGUCGUUGCGUACAAGAAGAGGCCACUCUUCACCACUCACUAGUCAGCUUCUCUUGGUACUCUCUGAUGGCCGAGGGGUGUUUGCUGAUGGAACAACUGUAGUAGAAGUUGCUCUGCGAAGCUUGAAUGAAUUGGGGGUGCUCACAGUGUUUGUCAUUCUUGACACAUUGUCUAAGGAAUCUGUGCUGAAUAUAAAGGUUCCCUCAUUCACUCCUGGCAAAGCACCAGUCAUCAGGUCAUACUUGGAAACUUUCCCUUUCUCGUUCUACAUCGUUCUGCAAGACAUAAAGAGUCUGCCUAUCGUUUUGGGCAAGGCACUACAGCAGUGGUUUCAACUUAUCUCUGGACAAUAAUGCAGUUAUUUUCAUAAUACCUGAUUUGAUGCUACAUCCAUAAUUUAUUUUAUUCUGCUGAGAUCUAUCCGAGCAACAAAUGCAACACCAUACUUUGAAGCAGGUUGCAAACAGGUGACUUACUAACGCAGAUCCCAUUAGCUACCAUGUUAU